AUGAAAGCCGAAUGGGAGAGAUGGGAGCAGGUGACCAAGUACAUCACUCCCGGGCACAAGUUGUAUCGCGCUUCUGCUCCGAACUACAAUGAAGGAGAGGGCGACCAUAGCCAGAAGCUCACUGCCACCGCUGUGAAGUUCCUCACGGACCGCGGUGUCGACAGCAUUAUCAGCUUCAACCAGUACCCAUACAAAGACGACGAGAAGAAGCUACUGGACGCUGCGAAGAUCAGUUAUCUCCAUCUCCCCGUGAAAGACUUCACCGCCCCUACUCUUGCGCAGCUGAAGAGCGCGAUCAUUUUUUUCACGGGCCCGAAGCAGCACGCUACGCUUGUCCAUUGCGGCUAUGGCCACGGCAGGACAGGGACCGGGGUGACAGCUCUACAGCUGAACGCCACGAAGGGAGUUAAUCCACCCGAGUCCGAGUGGAAGAGUCAGAACCACGUUGAGAAACCGGAGCAGGAGGCGGUUCUCAGGGCGCUCAGGGACAGCCUCAGGGGUUAG